GAAAGUCAGCAGAUAGGCAUGUUCCUUACAACAUUUGGAGACUAAGGCACAUCCCUGAAGAGACAUCUUCCCUAUCAGGAAGGAGUCUGUACCCACUGAAACUCUCUCCUCCACAGGGAACUGCUGUGCUUACAAGGCUGAUUAUAAUGAAAAAAAAGAGUAACCACUGGAAGAAAAGGAGAGAGAAGUUAGAUCAUCAGGCACACAGUGUUGCUGGUGCAAUAGACCUGGAAGGGACUGAGAUGUCUUCACCAAAUUAUGUCAGUAUGGAAGAAAUACCGCUGGAAGACAACGAGCGAGACAGCAUAGAAUACAAAAUCCUGAUGGCCUAUGCACAGCGGCGGUUGUCUGCCAGCAUAUACAAGAAAAUUCUGAAAAAUGAGACAAAUGCACCAAAAUUUUCAUCCUUAAUCAGGAGUGAAGUAGAGAUUCACCAUCAAAGGGGAAAAGAUGGUUCAAGCCAAACAUUGGAACUGCAGAGUGGCAUGAGGAAACAGCAGAGCAAAAAGAAAACAAAACAAAAACAUUUGUCAGGAUAUUGUCUACCCUUCUUCUGCAGCAGAGCAGAGCAGGAAAAACACCAAAAAACUUUUGUACCUGAAAGUCACACUUUUGGUACAUGCACUGAGAGCCUUUCAGUACGGAGUUGUCAUCAUCAGACAAGUGAAAAAGCAAAUGUCAACAACACUGCAGACCACCCUCCUUCCCAAUCAGGUGAAAAAGCAGAUGUUGACCACAUCGCAGACAAACUUGCCAAGCUUGUUACUUCCAGACCUCAGUCAUCUCCUUCAGAUGUGAUGUUCAAGACGCUGGUGCAUUCCCAGUCUCUGGAAGAAGAUGGAAAAGAUACUGCUGAGGGAAAUGAGAGUGAAGGAAAUGAUGAAAAAAAGACAAUACAAAUAAUAGUUGCACUGUUAAGAAAAUCAGGGGAUCAACUAGAAGAAAAGUUCAAAAAGGACAAGACUUUGUAUCAGCAAUUUAAAGACAUGCUGUCCUACACCUUUUUUGAGAGGGUCACUGAUACAUUCCUGGAGGAUGUCUCAGCAGAUUCAACAAAUGAGACAGAAAGCCAACUACAAUGUGCCAAAGUUGCCUUCACACUGGAAAUUGCCACCAGACUUACUGCUGUGGACAACCAUCCUAUGAACCUGGUCAUGGGCUUUGGAUCAAAGUACCUCAAAGAACACUUCAGUCCGUGGAUUCGUGACCAGGGAGGCUGGGAGAAGGCUUUGACUUCACUGGAUCAGGAAGAAGUAGAAUAAAUGUGAGUGAAUAUGUUCUUCAGGGUGCAUGAACCUUGAGUUAAGGAACAUGCAGGAUCUUACCACAAUCCAA